CGAAAACGUAACAGUCUUGUUCCUGCCGAUUACUUCAUAGUGAACCUCGCUGUUAGUGAUUUAAUUCUCUCUGUUGUGGGGCUUCCUUUCGGAAUAUCCUCCUCCUUUUUUCAUCGAUGGAAAUUUGGUACAGGAGGAUGCAGUGCCUAUGGGUGUCUGGGAUUUUUUUGUGGGGUGGUCAGCAUAUCUACUCUAGCCUUGAUGAGUUUCUCCAGAUAUAUCCAUGUGUGCAAAUCCAGCAAAUCUUCUUCUCUCUCAAAAUACACAAAUUUCUUCAUCAUUGGAAGUUACGUGUACGCAUGCCUCUGGGCAUCACUUCCUUUGUUAGGAUGGGGCCAAUACGGAGUGGAGCCGUAUGGAACUUCCUGUACGCUAAAGUGGACAGCCAACAAAGACAUUGCAGAGCAUUCCGAACAGUGCGCAGCAAAACGGGAGACAACAUUCGGAAAAGAGAGGAAUAUCUUAUCAAGAUGGCUUUUAUGAUGUGUUGUGCUUUCAUGUUGACAUGGACGCCGUACGCUGUCGUCAGCUUUUGGGCGGCUUAUGGUGAAGCAAACAGCAUUCCCCUGAGACUAACACUAGCUUCAGUCCUCAUAGCCAAGACCUCCACGAUAUGGAACCCAUUAAUAUACUUCAUACUGAACAAAAAAUUCAAGCCUCACAUUCGACUUUUUCUCAGAACAUUUUUCAGGUACGAUAACAAUGCUCAACAGAGACGACAGAGAAGCCUUUGGCAUUUUUGUCAUAGUCGAUCGUCAACUAUGUCUUCAUCUAUUUAAAAUGGAUCCGGGAAUCACGCAUUAGCGUGUAGAAGAUGGAAGCCAUUUCCCGAUUACUUUCGAGCUUGAAGAUUAUUUCAUGAGAAAAUUGGUCAAAAGAUUCUGUGAUUUAAUGCUUCCUGUGAACGACCAUUAUAUGAAUGCCAAAGAUACUCACGAAUCCUUUUAAUUAAUUAACAUUGUAUGUUGUUUGUUUUAGUUGUCAUGUGAUUUUUUUUCAUCUAAGUAUGAAAGUGAAAAUAUUUUUUUUCGCCUUUAAAUAUACAAGUAUACAACACUUGUAUUUCCCCGAACCUUAUAUCCGUAGGGGUUCAUUUAAUGUCUUGCAACAAGACAAUUUCAUUUCACGAAAAUGAUUUUAUUAUGUUUAUAAAUUUUGAAUCC